CUCUAUGGUCUUUCCCUAGUGCUCCGCUGUUAGGGGUAACCGCGGUGGUCUUGCAGGUUGGCGUACCCCGCGUGGCAGUGACAUGGAAGAAUUCGACUCCGAAGAUUUUUCCACCUCAGAGGAAGACGAAGACUACGUGCCGUCAGGUGGAGAGUAUAGUGAAGAUGAUGUAAAUGAAUUAGUGAAGGAAGAUGAAGUGGAUGGUGAAGAGCAGACACACAAAACCAAAGGGAAAAAGAGAAAGGCUCAGAGCAUUCCGGCCAGGAAGAGAAAACAAGGUGGCCUCUCAUUAGAAGGAGAGGAGGAGGCGGAUGCCAGAGCGGAAACUGGAGGAAGCAGCAGCGAGGAGGAAGAGGCAGCUGCGGAGCAGGAAGAGGGUGGCGGGUCAGAGGAUGCGAGAAAGAAAAAGGAGGAUGAACUCUGGGCCAGCUUCCUCAAUGACGUGCGACCAAAAUCCAAAGUGCCCCCAAGUGCACAAGUUAAGAGAGGAGAGGAGACUGAAGAGACAAGUUCAAGUAAAUUGCUGGUCAAAGCAGAAGAGUUUGAGAAGCCUAAAGAGACAGAAAAGGUCAAAAUCACCAAGCUGUUUGAUUUUGCUGGUGAAGAAGUCAGGGUGACCAAGGAAGUGGACGCUACAUCUAAAGAAGCCAAAUCCUUCUUCAAACAAAACGAGAAAGGGAAACCGCAGGCAAACGCCCCAUCGGCUCUGCCCUCGCUGCCUGCAGGGUCAGGGUUAAAGAGAUCAAGUGGCAUGAGCAGCCUUUUGGGGAAAAUUGGAGCCAAGAAGCAGAAAAUGAGCACCUUAGAGAAGUCCAAAUUGGACUGGGAGAGCUUCAAGGAAGAAGAGGGGAUUGGAGAAGAGCUGGCCAUCCAUAAUCGAGGAAAAGAGGGGUACAUUGAACGAAAGGCUUUUCUAGACCGAGUGGAUCACAGGCAGUUUGAAAUCGAGCGAGAUCUCAGGCUGAGCAAAAUGAAGCCCUGAUGUUGUGAGGGAAAAUGUACAGCAGCUUGAGCCUGUUUACAGUGGGAGCCUCUUGUGCAUCUGUGAAGCGUUUCUGGUUCUUCUCGUCCCAGCAGGGUCUUUUUUUUCUACAUUGAAGUUCUCCUUGUGUAUCUUGCUGUUGCGUGGUUUCAUUUUUUACUUUUAAAACUUUAUCCUUGAAAAAGAAAAUAAAAAUUGGUCCUGUGAAAGGCUGGUAAAGAUGA